UUUUUUAUCGUGUAGUCUAAUGGAUUGCACGCCAACGUCCGCAAGGCGAACCUUUUGGUCUUUUCCUAGCCUUUAGGCGGCAUGCGGCUCAGUCUAUUUGCUGGAUAGGCGCAACGCAGCAUAGAAAACUUGCCCUUCGAGUUGCAGAGAAACUUCAAUUUGAUGAGAGAUUUAGAUCAACGCACAGAAGAUCUUAAAGGACAGAUUGACUCCCUCGCAAAAGAAUACACGUCAAAUGCUCGGACCCUCUCCUCUGAGCAAAAGCUGUCCAUUCUGAGGCAAAUUCAACAGUCGUACAGCAAAUGCAAAGAGUUUGGAGAUGACAAAGUACAGCUGGCAAUGCAGACCUAUGAGAUGGUUGACAAGCACAUAAGACGUCUCGACACGGACCUAGCUCGAUUUGAAGCUGACCUAAAGGAAAAACAGAUUGAGAGCACAGAUUAUGAUUCCACCUCUAGUAAAGGAAAGAAAGGAGACACCAGACAGAAGGAAAAGAAGUCGGCUAAAACAAGAUCGAAAGUGAAGAGCUCAGAUGAAGACGGCAGUCCCAAGAGCACCCAGAAGAAAGUCAAACUGCUUCAAACGGGAGAAUUCAACAGUCCUGCUUCCAACUUUGGGAAUGUCCACCCGUCGGAUGUUCUGGACAUGCCGGUGGACCCCAACGAGCCCACCUACUGUCUGUGCCACCAGGUGUCCUAUGGCGAGAUGAUUGGCUGCGACAACACUGAUUGCUCCAUUGAGUGGUUCCACUUUGCAUGCGUGGGUCUGACAACCAAACCAAGAGGAAAGUGGUAUUGCCCACGCUGUUCUCAAGACCGAAAGAGAAAAUAAAAGCUGCCUGGAUGUCCUGGAACAAACACUGAUCUGAUAGUGAAAAAAACAUUCAUUCAUUAAUUGAUAGAUUUUUUUUCCAUCUUCCUUAACAUUUGGUGCUUUUUUUGUUUCUGUAUUUGCCUUGAAGCACAGUGUGAAGGAAUGGCGUGGUUACAAGUGUAUUUAAAAGUGUAUUUUCUUAUUUGGUGCUCUUAUUUUGCAAAUCCUUUUUUUUCCACUUUCUGUUUAAACACUACAACUGUCCUACUUUAACAGUUCAUAUUUGCAUGAUACUUAAUACUGUAUUGACAUGCAAAGCCGAAGUAGUUUCUCUGAGAACGAUGUGGCCAUUGCUAAUUGAUUGCUUUCGUUGUGUUGUUACUUUUUUACCAAGCCAUGGAGAGCUAGAUCGAUUCUUUCUUUUUACAAAUUCAAGCGGACAAAAUAGUGUGAAAACAAAUGCUGCAUCACAAAAGUAUUAGUCAUCUUUUGGUAGUGACAUUUUUUUAUUUUAGGAUUUUGAUUGAUUGCUGUUUAGAGUGCAAGGCAUUUUUGUGAAAAGUAUAUUGAUGUAGCUGGAGUAUUGGUACAAAGGCGAGGGUGUGAUUGUAUUAUCAAUCAUUUAAAUACAGCUACUACCUCAAA